AUGUACCAUGAGAGGGUCAUUGAUAUUGAGGCCUGGAACGACUUCGAGCAGGCAAUGGAUGCACUAGGUGCUGUACUUGCAAUACGCGGUGGUGGUGACGCCCCCAGUCAGGCCGUCGUGCUAGUUUCGCAGACUCUACCCCCUACCGUUCAUGAUGCUAGAUUGCCGCUUAUCGUGACAGCACGCGCUAUUCAGCUGCCAGAUCAUUCCGCUACCAAUUGA